AUGCCCCCUCCCCAGGCCUGGCACUGUGCCCUGAACAGUCCUAUUAAACGUUGUGUCUCGGUGCCCUCGGUGUCGCCUGUCUGCCGCCCCGCCCCCGGUGGGGGGGCCUCCCAGCCUUAUCUUCCCUGCAACCAGGCCUGUGUGCCACGUGGUGGCAGCUGUUUGGCCCCCCACCCCCUUACCUGCCGCCCCGUGGGUGCCUGCACUGCCCUGGACGGCCAGCUCCUGCCAGUGCUGCUGCUGCUCGGGGCCUCAGGCCUGUGUGGACAGGGUACAGGGCCCGCGGGUCCCUUGGAGGAGCCCCCAGAGGAGGAGCCCCUGGAGGAGGAUGGGAUCUUGGUGCUGAGCCGGCAGACCCUUGGCCUGGCCUUGCGGGAGCACUCUGCCCUGCUGGUGGAGUUCUAUGCCCCAUGGUGUGAGCACUGCAAGGCACUGGCCCCUGAGUACAGCAAGGCGGCUGCCCUGCUGGCAGCAGAGUUGGCCAAAGUCAGGCUGGCCAAGGUGGAUGGACCUGCGGAGCCAGAGUUGGCCAAGGAGUUAGCGGUGACAGAGUACCCCACGCUCAAGUUCUUCUGUGACGGGAACCACACGCACCCGGAGGAGUACACUGGCCCCUGGGAGGCCGAGGGCAUCGCUGAGUGGCUGAGGCGGUGGGUGGGGCCCAGUGCCACGCGGCUGGAGGAUGAGGAGGGCGCCUGAGGGCUGAUAGAUGCCCGGGACGUGGUGGUCAUUGGCUUCUUCCAGGACCUGCAGGACAAGGAUGCGGCUACCUUCCUGGCCCUAGCCCAGGAUGCCCUGGACAUGAGCUUUGGCCUCACCAACCAGCCUCAGCUCUUUCAAAAGUUUAGCCUCACCAAGGACACCAUGAUCCUCUUCAAAAAGUAUGACAAGGGGCGGGCAGACUUCCCAGUGGAUGAGGAGCUGGGCCUGGACCAAGGGGAUCUGUCACGCUUCCUCCUCACGCACAGCAUGCACCUGGUCACGGAGUUCAACAGCCAGGUGAACGUCCUGUCCCGUAAGAUCUUUGCAGCCAGGAUCCUUAACCGCUUGCUGCUGUUCAUCAACCAGAUGCUGACCCUCCACCGGGAGCUGCUGGCGGGCUUCCGGAAGGCAGCUCCCGGCUUUCGGGGGCAGGUGCUGUUUGUGGUGGUGGACGUGGGCGCCAGCCACAACCACGUGCUCCAGUACUUCGGCCUCAACGCCGAGGAGGCCCCCACCCUACGCUUCAUCAACAUUGAGACCACCAAGAAGUACAAGCCUGCGGACAGGGGGCCAGUCACCGCCACCUCAGUUGCAGCCUUCUGCCACGCAGUCCUGGGUGGGGAGGUCAAGCCUUAUUGCUUGAGCCAGGAGGUACCCCCCGACUGGGACCAGCGGCCAGUCAAGACCCUCGUGCGCAAGAAUUUCAAGCAGGUGGCUUUUGAUGAAACCAAGAAUGUGUUUAUCAAGUUCUUUGAGUCUGCCCCAUGGUGCACCCACUGCAAAGAGAUGGCCCCGGCCUGGGAGGCACUGGCUGAGAAGUAUAGGGACCACGAGGACAUCGUCAUCGCCGAGCUGGAUGCCAAGGCCAACGAGCUGGAGGCCCUCCCUGUGCACGGCUUCCCCACCCUCAAGUACUUCCCGGCGGGUCCCGGUCAGAAGGUGAUUGAAUACAAAGGCACCAGGGACCUGGAGACCUCCAAGUUUCUGGACAGUGGGGGUGAGCUGCAUGCAGAGGAGCCCACGGAGGUGCCCGGAGCCCCCUUCCCUGUGGUUGUCUCUGUCCCAAGGCUCCGGGUCUCUGGAUGAGUCCUCUGGACGCGUGGUUGUGACAUAGGCUGGGCUGGGCUGAGGGUGCAGCUUCCAGCUGGGUCUCUAUGA